GGCCAGCAGCAGCGGGGCCCCGUCGCCCGGCGGGAUGGGCGGCGAGGCGGGGUCUGCGGCGGCCCUGGGCUCCGAGGGCCGCGUGAAGAGCUUGGGACUGGUGUUCGAGGACGAGCGCAAGGGCUGCUACUCGAGCGGCGAGACGGUGGCCGGGCACGUGCUGCUGGAGGCGGCCGAGCCGGUGGCCCUGCGCGCGCUGCGCCUGGAGGCCCAGGGCCGAGCCACGGCCGCCUGGGGCCCGGGCGCCGGCGCGGCGCCGGCCGCCGCCUCGGAGGUGGAGUACCUGAACGUGCGCCUGAGCCUGCGCGAGCCGCCGUCCGGUGAAGGUGUCAUCUUACUGCAGCCUGGGAAGCAUGAAUUUCCAUUUCGCUUUCAACUCCCAUCCGAACCCCUGGUCACCUCGUUCACGGGGAAAUACGGGAGCAUCCAGUACUGUGUGCGAGCUGUCCUGGAGCGACCCACGGUGCCGGCCCAGAGUGUGAGACGGGAACUGCAGGUGGUCAGCCACGUGGAUGUCAACACACCAGCGCUGCUGAGCCCUGUGUUGAAGACUCAAGAGAAAAUGGUUGGCUGCUGGUUUUUCACUUCUGGACCAGUCUCACUGAGUGCCAAGAUUGAAAGAAAGGGAUACUGUAAUGGAGAAGCUAUUCCAAUCUAUGCAGAGAUAGAGAAUUGCUCUUCUCGUCUGAUCGUUCCCAAAGCUGCUAUUUUCCAAACCCAAACAUAUUUGGCAAGUGGGAAAACGAAGACCGUUCGCCACAUGGUCGCCAACGUGCGAGGAAACCACAUUGCUUCCGGGAGCACCGACACAUGGAACGGCAAAACUCUGAAAAUCCCCCCUGUUACUCCGUCCAUCCUGGACUGCUGCAUUAUCAGAGUAGACUAUUCCUUAGCUGUAUACAUUCACAUUCCUGGUGCUAAAAAACUGAUGCUCGAGCUGCCGCUAGUGAUCGGUACCAUUCCGUAUAAUGGCUUUGGCAGCAGGAACUCCAGCGUUGCCAGCCAGUUCAGCAUGGAUAUGAGCUGGUUGACACUGACCCUGCCAGAACAGCCUGAAGCGCCACCAAAUUAUGCAGAUGUGGUAUCCGAGGAAGAAUUCUCCAGACACAUCCCCCCCUACCCGCAGCCUCCGGGCUGUCUGGGAGGAGCGUGCUACCCCAUGCUUGCCUGCAUACAGGAGUUCCGGUUUCAGCCUCCGCCUCUUUAUUCAGAGGUUGACCCACACCCUAGUGAUGUCGAAGAGACCCAGCCUGUCUCCUUCAUUCUCUGAACGUGUUUCAGAAAUCACUGUGCUCAUCGUCAAAUCAGAGUGUUGGUUCGUUCCUCCUGCCCCUUUGGGGUGGGUGGGGAGAUUUCCUUACGGACAUAAUGGACAUUAAGACAGAAGGCCAUAGAAAAUAAAGAACACGGGAACUUUCUGGUGGCCAACAGGAUGUUUGCACAACUUGAUGGGAUGGUUGUCGAUUGUCCCCUUUGAAAAGGGUGAAGAUGUGAAAAGCCACAGAAUGUAGUGGAAGUCCUGAGGGGGCAGAGUAAGUGGAGGAGUGCCUGCGCUGACCCGAGGGGGAGGAGGCGCCGUGAGGAAGUCUUCCAAAAGUGGACACAAGUAAAGAAGCAUGCUGCCGGGAGAAUGUGUGUGGCGGCACCGUGUAUACGGGCGCGGGGCAACGGUCAGCUCUGGAGACAGAGAGACCCCUGGGACCCGGGGUCUUCAUGAUUUCUGACCACGUGACCAGACUCGAGGACUGAAGUCCUCGAAGGAUCCUUUCCUGAUCCCAUGGUCACACGAGGUCCUAAUGAUGUCACAGCUUUGGCGUUCUGAACCCUAGGCUGAAAUACAGUUCACAACCUGGCUCUGCAGUAUUGGGAAACCAAGAAAGGUUCCUUGAGAAACUUGAGCUUUUGUGGGAUCGAAGCAGAAUGAUUGAUUUCCGUGUGAAAACAGAUUUGGUUGAAGGGUGUAGCUUUUUACCCCUUUUAAGUACUUUAACGGGAUACAUGUUUGAGUUCCCUCAUACCUUGUUUACCUGUGGGCACAUCAGAGAAAGGAGACAGGGGAAAACAGUUGCAUCUUCAGAAUGCCCUGAUAACUACACGGCCAACAACAAAAACAAAAACCCUUUUCUUAACCUACCUCGUAUGGGGUUAUCAGGUAUGUUUUUAAAACUCGGCCUGAUCAGUGAUCUUUGAAGUUUCUGCUAGUUCGGUAGCAGCCUCAACUCCUUGAAACAAGGGAAAAAUCCAUAAGUUCACAUUAAAUGGAAGUAAAUAUAUAUUUAUUUCAAAAUAAAUCCAAAAUCAAGAGAGGGUAGGAAUACCAUUUUCCAAAAAUGUAAAUUCCCAUCGAAAGGCUGAUGUCUACAGAUGGCAGUCACUGCAUUGUACAUUGUUUAUUCCAGCUGUUCAGUGAUUCUAUUUAAACUGUGAUUUUCUUUAUUGUCUUGGUGCAAUAUUUUAUUAUCAUUUAGCCUCAGGAUACUCACACCAACAGGAUUGUAUUGCUGCUGAACGUUUACACAGUGUUCUCACCGUGCCCCUUUGCCCUCGUGUCCGUGGUCACCUGUUCACGUGCUGUUCCUUCCAUCUGUUGGUUUCCUGAGCUGAGACUAUUUCUGGACACUAAGUAGAAGGGAGAAAGGGGUCCCCUAGAUACAGAUUUUGGACCAGCUGAGUCCUAAGGGUUUGAUCUAGAAACCCUGGUGCUUCCCGUACAAAAUACUGUAAUUGAUCCCACAAAAUGACCGACUCAUCUUCCGGUCGGCAUAUUCACUCAGAACAGUUCUUCUGAGGUUAAAUUUUGUAUUUAAAGCUCGGUGGGCCACUGGAUCAGGGAUUUUUCUACAAACAUUAGGUACUGUGUGCUUUCUGCCCUCUGGUCAUACCUCUCCUCUGCAGUCACCCAAGCUUCAAGCACACGUCUUUCACUUUUCAGAAUCACAGUGCAAGAUGCCAUGCUAGUAAUUGUGGUACGGAAAUGGUCACAAAGCCUCGUUUUACUUUGGUUUUUAGAGGUUUUUUUUUUUUUGUUUUUCCUUUUGCUUUUUUUUUUUUUUUUUUUUUUGCAUGUCCUUAAACAGGUGUGUGUCUUUAAGUACUGUCUAAAACAUUUUGUCUUUACUGUAGAAUAGUCCCUCCUCAGCUAUCUGUUGAUGCCUUAGUUGCAGCUGGUGUGCCUUGUUGGGACAUUGUCCACCUCCAUGAAACCAGAACAGAGCGAGAAAAACACGCAAACCGGACACACGGAGAGAGAGUUGAGUAAUUUGGCUCCGCGUAGAGAAGCGACUACUUAGAGGAACCUUUGUUAGGAUUAUUUUAUAACCUUAAUCAGAGAAAUCGUGAAGUCCCCCCGCAUAGUUGAGGCAGAGCUAACUCAGUAACACUUAGUCGUUCAAAGGUCUGACCUACUUUACUGACUUGAUACUGGUACAUCUGUCCUUAAGCUGUAGGGUGAAAUCUUUACUUAAUCAAGAUAGCAUUUUUGAAUGUAGAAAACCACAUUGGAGCAGAGAAAACCUGGGGAUGAAGGUAAAAAUUAGCUGCUGUUACUUGCUUAUUUAUUCCCUUCUUGCUCUUGUUUAGUUUGCAAAAAGGAAAAAUAAAGUGGCCUUAGAAUUUUCUUUUUGAUGCAAAAAUUUUGAAAUUGAAAAUGUGCACCUUUUGGCACACAAACUCCUUCUCCUAGGCAAAAAGUUACUUUCUGUGUUUUUGUUUUGCACAACAAAAGACUCAAUAAGCAGAAGUUAUGUUUUUGAUAAGUUAACUAUGAAAGUUUUUUUAAUUUUUAUUAUUAAAAGUGUAACAAUUUAACCCACAGGAGAAAAAAAAAAAGAUUGUAUUUUGUACUCUUGUUUGAACCCCAUGGGUUCUUUUUGUUAAUAAAAUGAUUACAGUAAUGCUGUGAGUUAUUUGUUUUUGUUUGCAUUUUUGAAAGACUAAUUUAAACUUUUAGGGCUUAGGGAAGAUCAGUACAGGAAUGUUCCUGCUGUUGAGAUGGAUCUGUGUGCACGCUGUCAAGAGGCAAAGAGCAGCCCUAGGAACGCGAGCUGCUUGUAACUGGCUGCUUCCCCAAGGCAAGCAGUUCUUCACAUUCUGGGAAGAGAAGUAAUCAAGAUGAGUGACGAAAUGGAAGCCACACUGGCUGUUGACUUGGCAUAUACAAAAGUUCGUGGAAAAUGGAAUUCAAAGGCAAGUUUGUUUCAGUAAAAAAAUUUGAAAUCCAUGCAUAUAAGGAUUCUUCAAAACGUCCCUGAGUGUGGGUAUGGUGAACAAUCUCAAGAUUGAAAUCAUCGGAUUUCAACUUGUUUUUGCACUAAAGUGAACCAUUUUUCAUAUAUUUUAAAAUAUUUUAAUUACUUGAGAAGUAGAGUUAGGGGAAGACAGAGAGAAACGUCUUCCAUCCGCUGGUUCACUCCCCAGAUGGCUGUGAGGGUUGGAGCUGGGCCCAUCUGAAGCUAGGAGCCAGGAGCUUCUUCCGGGUCUCCCAUGCUGGUGCAGGGGCCCAAGGACUUGAGCCAUCUUCUACUGCUUUCCCAGGCCAUAGCAGAGAGCUUUAUUGGAAGAGGAGCAGCCGGGACUUGAACUGGUGUCCAUGUGGAGUGCCGGCACUGCAGGUGGCAGCUUUACCUGCUACACCACAGCACCGGCCGCUUUUCUGCGAACUUCUUGAAGUGCCUGGGAAUCUCUUUAUCCUCAAUGCACAAAGACCAUUCUUGAAAGCCUUCUGAGUUUCAUUAUUUCCUGGAUCAGAACUCGCCACAAUUGAAGGAGCAGAUGUGGUAAAUUCCCAGGUGGAUACAAGCCCUGUGCUGUUUACAAGCCCUGUGUGAAGGCACGUCAUCUCUAGCUGGCCACCCUCAGUCCUGAAAAAUCUUCUAGUCUCCAGUUAUUUUUCACAUGUGGUGUGGCAUUACUUAACAAAUGCAUUGUUUCUGUGAUAACAUUUCUUAGCAACGUUAAUGGAAAUAUUUGUUUCAUGUAAUAAAUACUGAGGCAAAAUUUCCCCAAGACCUGCAUCAGAGUUUCUGUCAUAUCCAAACACUGUAGAUAAUCACAUUUAGAACGAGAUGACGCCGCAAAGAGAUGAGGACAAGCCCUCACCUUAGCAAUGACGAUGCUAAACCCAGAGACGGAACCUGGGAGUUUGGCCUCCGUUCACCUGUAAGGUCCCUGCUGGCUCAGAAAUUUCCUGAUUCUGCAACUGUAGAAGACGUGAGGGAAAUAGGCACUGGUUUCAAUCACACAGUUUGAGAUUUGCGGACCUGGAGACCAGACACAUGCUAGGUCAAGACAGUGUUUUCGUCUGAAAGGCCUGCUUCCCGACAGUCUACCAGUCUUCCACUAAAUUGCUUCCUACGUGUGUUUAAUUAGUAGCUGGGAUCUUUUUCCCAACAGCUGUGUUUCCACCUUUAUAUUUUGAAAUAAUUACAGGCUCACGAGAUGUUGCAAGGAUAGUACCAUGACGUCCUGUGUAUCUCUCCCACAGUCUCUGCCAGUGGGACAUUGACACAACUCAGACGCCUGGUUUCUGCUUGUGGAUGUGUGUAGAGCUCUGUGGAACUGUAUCACAUAUCUGGGUUCAUAGAAUCAGCCCCACAAUCAAGAUGGAGACUUCAUCACACCCUUUCCUGCCCGAGCCCACCCCCUCAUUGAUCUGUUUUCCAUCUCCAUAAUUCUGUCGUUUUGCAAACCCUGGAUACGUGGAGUCAUUGAGAAUGUGCCUUCUGAGACUGGCUUUUGCAUUCAGCAUUACAACCUCACAAGCAGCUCUCUGCACUAUUAGUGUAUUCCUUUGUAGUUUAGUUGGAUUUUAAAAGAAUCAGAUUUGACUACUUAAAUUUUCAUACUGUGCUUUGCAAAGAAAAUUGUAAUAAUUAUAUGCUCAUAACAUCUUUGUAAAUAGGUCUUGGUGUGGAGUCUGAGAACCACUUCUUAGGUAGGAAAUACAUAAAUACAGAUUGACACAACCUUGCAGGGACUAAUAUUUAGGUUGCCAAAGUAAUUGAAGUGUUUCGUCUUUAAACAGCAUGCUAUUGCAUUAUAAUUGAGCGAGAUAUCCCUGUUAUGAAACUAUAGACCAGGUGGAAAGUAUGUGGAUGUAUUUAUCCUAUCACCUUCUGAAUCUCAUAAAUUUUAACAUAAAUUAUGCAGG